AUGACUGUUUCGCCCAAGGGAGCUGGGUACAAAGCCCUCUCGGCGGAUGAGGGCGGAGGUGGAAAGACGUGGAAGGAGGUGCUUCUUGCUCGUUUGCCGAUAUUGGCUUGGCUGCCGUCCUACGACAAAAGCUUCUUUCUGCCGGAUGUGACGGGUGGCCUCACCCUGGGAACGAUGUGCCUCGCACAGACGCUGGCGCACGCCACGAUCGCAACGACAAACCCGAUACAGGGGCCCCACACGGCGUUGUUGCCACCUGUGGUGUACGCUCUCCUGGGAACGUCCAAGCAUGGUUCCGUUUCUUCUGGAGCCAUGGUAGCCAUGAUCAUCGCCAACGUGCUGCAGCCUUUCCCAGAGGAGCACCACACCGAGCUUGCCUCCCUCCUAGCCUUGGUCGCAGGUAUCAGCCAGAUCUUGAUGGGGAUGUUUGACUUGGCCUCAGCUGUUCGAUUCUUGUCACAGCCGACACUCAGUGGAUUCAUCACUGGUGGUGCCGUUUUGAUUAUCGUGUCGCAGCUACGAAACUUCUUUGGCUAUACUGAAUUUCCUCACGAAUCCAGCCCCUUCGGGAAGGUUUGGGCAUGCUUGCACAUGUUGGACCAGGCGAAUUGGGCCAACGUGGGCCUUUGCUCGACUUUGAUUCUAUUCCUGGUUUGCUCGAAGCGGCUUAAGAAAGUCGCUCAGAAGAAAUCCAAGCUGUCGAAUUUUUGGGCAAUGGUGGGGUACCUGGUCCAAGUUAAAGAGAUCAUUGUGGUGGUGGCCGGAAUCGUGUUCGUCAAAGUCACGCAGAAGGGCGCUGUAGCUGCAGUGCCUAUUGUAGGCCACAUUCCACGAGGCUUGCCCCCUUGUCAGUUGCCUUGGAAUUUCGAUGCUACUCGAAAGCUGUUGGAAGGACCCAGUGAUGUCCUCCACAGUUUUCUUUUCAGCGGACUGGUGCUGGCCUUCUCGGCAUUUCUGACAUCUUAUUCGAGCUUCAAGAGACAAGCAAUCGCCUGUGACUACGCUUUAGAUGCCAGACAGGAGCUCUUCGCCUUGGGCGCCUCGGGGGUGGUCGGCUCCUUCUUCGGCGCCUUUCCUCCCAGCGGCUCGUUGAGCAGAACCGGCCUGGCUGUGCAGCUGGGGGUCCAGACGCAGGUCUGCGGGAUCGCCAACGCCCUUGUGGUGGCCGCCGGCCUGAUCUUCCUGGCCCCGCUGAUCGAAGAUCUGCCGAAGGCCUCUCUGGCAGCCAUCGUCAUGGUUUCUGCGGAGGGGCUGAUGGACUUCGCAAUGCCCCUGGACCUUUGGCGGUCCUCGGAAGGAUCCUUUCGAAUCUUUCGCAAGGACCUCAUCGUGUGGCUGGUGGGCUUUGUCUGUACCAUCCUCGCCGGGGCCUUGUAUGGGAUCAUCCUCUCCGUUUUGGUGGCCGUUGCACAAGUGGUGGCAGAUGCUAGCACUCCCCAUGCUGUUACCCUGGGGGCCGUGCCACAUUUGGAAGGCCAGUGGCACGACGUGAAAAGGUGGCCAGAAGCUAGAACCGUGCCCGGCGUUUUGGUCUUCGAGUUUCGUGGCCCCCUGGUUUUUGCCAGCGCUGAGUGGUUUCGUGACGAGGUGGAGCGCAUGCGGCUUGCGGAGGGCCGCACAGGUUCGAUUCGCUAUGUGAUCCUGGGGAUGGGUGCUGUGCCGGUGAUCGAUUACUCAGCCAUCGCCAUGUUGCAAUCCAUCCUGACGGAGUGGAAGAAGAAGGGUAUUCAUUGCAUCGUCGCGGAAGCCAACUACAGCGUCCUGGAGCUGCUGCACGAAAAGCUCGGGGAUCAGCUGGAGCAGUUUGAACAGGGCUCGCAGGGCGUGCUCAGCAUCGACAAGGCCGUGGCUCUGGCCACGGGCCACGCGACGCGCUCCCUCCUGGCCUCGAAGCCGGUCGGAACCUGUGAGUUUUGA